AUGCACCGCCAAAUCGCCUCUCCAACACCAGAAACUCUGGCAGCUCUCGGAUCCAGCUAUGCCGUUCUCACACCCCCCUCAGAUCUCUCCGAGGAGGAUUCACCUAGAGAUACCCCACCUUCAGAAUCGUCCCAUGAAGACGAUGAGAACCCCAUUCCUACCUUGGUCCUCCCACUAGAGGACUCCAACAUAAUCCCGGCAGAUCUCUAUAGUCUGGCAUCCGUGAUGCGGGAUCGAUUUUUCCAACAUAUCGGCACGCCGACAGCCGCCAGUGAUGAACUCUUACCUCAGGAGUCGUUGGUAGAGCUUAUCACAGACUUCCUGGACUUCAGUUCAAAGUCUCUGCUUAAGUGGCCAGGUGCAAAUAGAACCUCCAGGCAGAGGCUUCUUAGAGCUCUACUCGACCACCUAGAGCAAAAUGUCCUUACAGAUGACAUCCAUGCCAUUGCUGUGAGAUCAUCUGACGACUCCGAGCGAACUGUCAAAAUUAUCCGAUCGUACUACUCGGCCUGUCAUGCCGCAGGUCGCCCCAUAUCUCAGCACCAGUCUGCUCUGCUGGACUCAGUUGUGGGAGGCGACUCCAAGUUGUACGCCGUUCUCGGCGGCCAAGGAAUCACUACUGCUUACCUGGACGAGCUGCGCGAGAUCCAAACCACGUAUCGCAGUUUCGUGGAAGAUUAUAUUGAGACUAUGGGGGAGUUUCUGAAAUCCCUUGCAUCCCAGCCAGAUGUGUGUCAACAUUACCAACACGGUCUGGAUAUCAUCAAGUGGUUGCGAUACCCGGAAACCACGCCAGAUGUAGGCUACCUUGCCUCAUCUCGCGUCAGCUUUCCUAUUAUUGGUAUCGUCCAACUCGCACAAUAUAUGGCUAGUCUGAAAGUUUUGGGUCAAAAUCCUUUAACAUUCAACCCAAGUCUUAGUGGUAUAGCUGGCCACUCUCAGGGGUUGGUAGUUGCAACAGCCAUCGCUGGUGCUAGUUCCUGGGCAUCUUUCAUCGACCUGAGUCAUACCGCAAUCGAGAUACUGUUUUCAAUUGGUGUUGUCAGCCAACAAGUCUUUCCUGAGACAUCACCAGACCCAAAGAUAGUGGCAGAUUCUGUCUCCAAUGACGAAGGCACCCCGUCCUCUAUGCUCAGCAUUCGUGGCAUCUCCGAAGCUCAAGUCCAGGAGCACGUAGAUGUCUCCAACAAAUAUCUACCUGACGAUAGACAGAUUUCGAUUGCUCUAGCAAAUGGGCCACGCAAUUUCGUGGUUGCUGGACCUGCUACAUCCUUAUGUGGACUCAACGCACGGCUAAGGCGGUUUAAAGUGUCCGCAGAAGUUGACCAGGCUCGAAUCCCAUCAAAGGAGCGGAAAUCAACUCUCACGAACCUUUUUCUCCCUAUAAGCGUACCUUUCCAUACCAACUACCUACUUCCUGCCAUUCCGAUCUUGAAAAGGCGCCUCGGCCAUAUAAGCCUACCUAGCAACAGUUUGCAGAUUCCGGUAUACGACACAAACACUGGUGACGAUCUUAGCUCUUUGGGUAGUGAGAACCUGCUCGAUAAGAUAAUCUACCAGAUCACGGUUGCCCCUGUUCGCUGGCUGAAGGCUUCUGUGUUAGAAUCAGCAACUCAUAUUCUUGACUUCGGUCCUGGAGGCAGUUCCGGCAUUGGCGUCGUUACCAGUCACAACAAGCAAGGAACGGGUGUUCGUGUGAUUAUGGCAGGCGCUUUGGUUGGAAAAUCAUCUGAAGUCGGUUACAAGUCUGAACUUUUCAGUAAGAAGAAAGAUUCUAUUGUGGCUUCCAAAAAUUGGGUAAAACGCUUUUCCCCAAAACUGAUUCGGACGAUCGAUGGCCAAACUCACAUUGAGACGAGAAUGAGCCAGCUCUUACACAUGCCACCCAUCAUGGUUGCUGGUAUGACUCCAACUACUGUAUCCUGGAGAUUUGUUUCGGCUACGAUAAAUGCAGGGUAUCACAUUGAGUUAGCCGGUGGAGGCUAUCGUGACGCAGCCGCCAUGACAGUAGCAUUGAACAACAUCGUGGCUUCAAUUCCACCUGGACGAGGAGUUUCUAUCAACAUCAUCUAUGUUGACCCUCGUGCAGUCGCAUGGCAGAUUCCACUUUUGGAAAAGCUCCAUGCGGAAGGAAUACCAAUUGAUGGUCUAACCAUUGGCGCUGGAGUGCCAUCAGUCGAGAUUUCUCAAGGCUACAUCAACGACCUUGGAUUGAAAUACAUUGCAUUCAAACCUAGUUCCGUCAAAACUAUCAAGAAAGUCAUCAGCAUUGCUAAGGCAAAUCCAACUUUCCCCAUCCUUUUGCAGUGGACAGGCGGUCGAGCCGGAGGUCACCAUUCCUGUGAAGACUUCCACACGCCAAUUUUGGAAACCUACGGCCAGAUUCGAGAUUGCGAAAAUAUUAUUCUCGUCGCUGGUAGUGGCUUCGGCUCAGCUGAGGAUGCUUACCCAUACUUCACUGGAGCAUGGUCUAAAGCCUUCGGUUGCCCCCCAAUGCCGUUCGAUGGUAUGUUGAUGGGAAGCCGUAUGAUGACUGCGAAGGAAGCUGGCACGAGUCUAGGAGCCAAAAAACAGAUCGUUGAGACUGUCGGACUUGAUGAUAGCCAAUGGGAGAAAACAUUCAAGGGCGCAGCAGGCGGCGUGAUCACUGUCAUCUCAGAGAUGGGAGAGCCAAUGCACGUUCUAGCAAACCGUGGUAUGAGAUUCUGGGCAGAAAUGGACACCUUUUUCAAGAUGCCAAAGGGUCAAAUGGUUGCCGAGCUGGAAAAGAGAAGCGCCUACAUCAUCAAAAAGCUCAACGCAGACUUUCAGAAACCUUGGUUUGGCAAGAAUACGGCUGGUGAAGCUGUGCAACUGAAGCAGAUGACCUAUCACGAAGUGGUUGUCCGAAUGGUCGAGCUGAUGUAUAUCAGUGCCAGGGGUGUCUGGAUUGAUCCAUCAUUACAGACUCUCACAGGUGACUUCAUUCGUCGGGUUGAGGAAAGAUUCGCAACUAAUACCAACAAUGGAUUCAUUCUUUCGGAUAAUGCCGACCUCAGUGCUCCCCAAGGAGUGCUGGAUGCCCUUGUGAAGGCUUACCCCGAUAUCACAGAACAUAUUAUUACUCCUUUGGAUGUUCAGUUCUUCUUGUCGCUCUGUUUGCGUCCCGGCAAGAAACCAGUUCCAUUUGUUCCGGUCCUUGAUGAGAAUCUUUCAUUCUACUUCAAGAAAGAUUCGCUAUGGCAGUCGGAGAACCUCUGGGCGGUUGUUGAUAAUGAUGCAGAUCGUACACAGAUCUUGCACGGACCGGUAGCAGCUAAGAACGCUACAACAUACGAUGAACCCGUCCAGGACAUGCUCGACAACAUCAACAAUGGUCUGGUAUCAUCAUUGCUCAACGAGGCCUAUGGUGGAGAUGUCAAAAAUGUUCCAGUUCGCAAGACUCCAUUGGAAAUCACUCCAGAAUCUCAGUGGUCUGACUCUGAACGUAUCGUGUCCAUUGUCGAGUCUUCAGAGUCAGUCGCCUACGAAAUUUCUUCACCACAUGAUGAUUUACCAUCACCAAGUUCAUGGUUUAAAAUGCUCGCGGGUGAUCAAUACACCUGGCGUUAUGCCCUAUUCACUUCAGAGACUGUCAUUUCCGGCACAAAACGCUUACCAAACCCUAUUCGCAAAAUUUGCACACCUUCCAGUAACCUUCGUGUAACUUUCGAGAACCAUAGCGAGCCAUCAAAAAUGGUUAUCACUAUCCAAGCUGCAUCUGCUUUGGAGCAGACCGGUACCAUCGUGAAGAUCAGGACCCAGGGAAAUCAGAACAUUGUUGUUGAUUGCAUCUUGAGUCCAACAACUAGCCAUGUACCACCAACCUUGCGUUUAGUCUUCUCAUACCACCCGGAAGCGGUGUACGCGCCAAUAAGGGAGAUUUCAGAUGGCCUCAUUGAUGAGGUUUCUGAAUUCUACAGAAGUCUUUGGUUUGGUAAUCAACAACUUGACUUCGAUGCGCAAACCACGCAAGAGUUCUCUGGAGAAACCAUCACUAUCACCCGGGAGUCAAUUAGCUCUUUCCUCCAGGCCACCGGCAGUAGUAGUGAGGCAUACCUGAGCCGCGCUAAUCAGGAACUGCCUGCACCGUUGGACUUUGGCAUUGUCAUUGCUUGGAAAGCUCUCUUGAAACCCAUCUUUCUGAAACAAAUCGGUGGCAAUAUCCUCAACCUUGUACACCUUUCCAACAAGUUCAAGCGUGUGGAAGGAGCGGGUAUUUUGAAAGCUGGUGACACAGUAUCGACCUCGUCCCGCAUCACAGCGGUUCGCAUUCAGGAUGCUGGCAAAGUAGUUGAGGUGCUCGCAGUCGUUACUAAGGAUGGCCGUCCUGUGAUGGAAGUUGUCUCGGCAUUCAUGUAUCGCGGAACAUAUACUGACUUCGAAUCAACUUUUGAACGGAAAGUUGAGUCCUCGAUGCAAGUCCAUUUGGAUUCACGGAAGGCUGUGGCCAUCCUCCAAUCCAAACCUUGGUUCCAAUUGACCAACCCGGACUCUGAGCUACUGGGCAGGACCUUCAUUUUCCGUCUUGAGACCAGGACGCAAGCUAAGGCUACCGCUACUUAUGGCACCGUUUUUGAGCAGCAAGCUACAGAUGGUGAACACCCAGUAGCUUCUAUCAACUACACCACAGCGCCCUCCUUGACGAAUCCAAUCUUGCGUUAUCUCAGCACGCAUGGAAGCGAAGUCGAAGGUCCUGUUGUGCUCGAAAAGGCAAUUCCAGUUCAUGGUGCCAGUGGAAUUCCACUAGUCCGACCGAUGGGUAGCGCUGCUUAUGCAAAGGUCUCCGGAGAUUUCAAUCCUAUCCAUGUGUCGAAUACCUUUGCAUUGCUUGCGGGUUUGCCGGGUCCGAUCGUUCAUGGUAUGCAUACAAGCUCUGCCAUUGGAUCACUGCUGGAAACUUGGACAGCCAAGGGUUGCAUAGGCGCAGUGCGUAGUUUCGAAGCUUCUUUCGUCGGCAUGGUUCUUCCGGAUGACGAGGUGGAAGUGGAAUUUUGGCAUACGGCUAUGAUGAAAGGCCGCAAAGUGAUCAAGAUCACAGCCAAGAAGGUAGAGAGUGGUGAGAUGGUGUUGAAAGGCGAAGCUGAGGUGGAGCAGCAAAGAUCUGCCUACCUGUUCACUGGUCAAGGUUCACAGGAACAGAACAUGGGCAUGGACCUAUAUGCUAGCAGUCAAGUUGCUCAGGCUGUGUGGGAUAUCGCCGACAAAUUCUAUUUGAAGACUUACGGCUUCGAGAUUACAAGAAUCGUCAAGGAGAAUCCCAAGGAAUUGACCAUUCAUUUUGGUGGUGUCAAUGGCAGACGUAUUCGACAGAAUUACCUUGCAUUGACUCUGCAAACUACAGGUGAUGACGGCAAGCCAAUGUUGGAGAAGGUCUUCAAGGAUAUCGAUGAGGAAACAGAGUCCUAUACAUUCCGCUCGCCAAAGGGUGUUCUCCAUGCAACACAGUUCACACAAGCGGCUAUCACCUUGGUCGAACUUGCACGGUAUAAGGAUAUGCAAGCCCGAGGUCUUAUUCCCGACAAUUGCAACUUUGCGGGCCACUCCCUUGGAGAGUAUCCUGCGCUCGCAUCAUUCGCGGAAAUCAUGUCAAUUGAGCAGUUAGUGGCGAUUUGUUUCUACCGUGGUAUGGCGAUGCAAGUUACCGUCAAACGUGACGAGCAAGGCGCUUCGGACUACUCCUUGUGUGCUGUCAAUCCGAGUCGUGUUUCGAGGAUCUUCAAUGAGAAGAUGUUACGCUUCAUUACCAAGACCAUUUCACAGCAGACUGGUUGGCUUCUCGAGAUAGUGAACUUCAACAUCUCAAACAGACAAUAUGUCUGUGCGGGAGAGCUAAUAGCGCUUGAUUGUCUGACAAAAUUACUUGACCGCAUCGCCAAGGGCCUGAACGUCGAAUGGAUCAAUCGGUCCGGAAGUGGGACGGAUGAGGAGGCCGUGUUCGUAUCAACUCUCCACUCCAUCAUCCAAGAGGCCCAAGCACGGAAAACCCGCGUCGAACUAAAGCGAGGGACGGGUAUAACACCUCUUGAGGGUAUUGACGUGCCAUUCCACUCGACUUUCCUUCGUCCAGGAGUUUCCACAUUCCGCGAAUUCCUGGCAUCGAAAAUUGAUCCGGCAAAUAUUGAUGCGAAGAAGCUCGUCAAUAGAUGGGUACCCAAUCUCACAGGCAAGCCAUUUAAGAAUGACAGGAAGUAUUUUGAAUAUGUCUACAAUCUUACGGGAUCUGUGGCUCUUCAGAAGCUACUAGCGGAAUGGAGGGAAGUAGAUAUCGUUUUGUAG